CUCGGAUAUGGGAUUUAAACGAGCUUGAGUCAUCCCGGCCUGGGGAAGGAGCGAGGGAAGUGUUUUUUUCCCCUUCUCUCUCUCUCUCUCUGCCCCUGUUAGUCUGGGUCCUCCGCAGUCUGAAAGGAUCCGGGAUUGUGUGCGGGUGACAAAAUUCCACUAUGGGACAGACUGACAAAGUUCGGAGGAAAGUUGUGAAGAAGUUUGCCUGGGAGUUUUGGGAGCCGUUGCAUGCGCAGCUGGAAGAAUCUGUCCCCGGCCAAAACGGAGCAUGGAAUUACUGAGGAACCUCGCUCUCUUCGUCUGUUACCUCGGCUGCUUCGGGAACCUGACCGGCUCCGAGCCGUCCCGCAAGAGCCAGCCCGGGCUCCGACAGGGCAUCGCCGGAGCUGCGCCAGGCAAGAGGAACCCCAGCGAGAGGGGGCCGAACCUCGGAGCGGGGAGAUGGAGCGCCGGGCUCGGCAGAGCGACAGCAGGAGCUAGGGCGGCGGUGGCCGGCAGGGGCAAAGGCAGCGGCAGGACCGGGGAGGGGGAGAGAGGCAAAGGAGAGGGCGGCGGCCGGCGGCGCCUGAAGGGGGCAAGUGGCAGCCCGCAGGUGACCCCUCACGACUACAUGCUGUUCCUCUACAAGAUGCUGUCCGUCACUUCGCGCAGCGGCUUCAACGGGAGCCUGCAGCAGCCGGCGGCGCUUGCCAACACCGUCACCAGCUUCGUGGACAGAGGGCAAGAUGAUCGCCACCCCUUUGUGAGGAAGCAGAAGUACAUCUUCAACAUCAGUGCAAUGGAGAAGGAAGGGUUGCUGGGCGCAGAGCUGCGGAUCCUGAGAACAAGGCCGGUGGAUGGGAGGAGAGUGCGGACUCCAGGGAAUGUGUACACUCUCCAAUUGUCCAAGUGCCCUUCGGACAGGCAGAAACCCAUUGUUAUUGACUCUCGGUCUGUUGACCCAUUGGACGCACCAAAGUGGGAGGUCUUUAACAUUUGGAAGCUCUUCCGUACGUCCAGGAAGGACCAGCUGUUGACACAACUUUGCUUUGAGCUGGAAGCUUUGGAUAGAGGCAGGACAGUGGAUCUGAGAAGCUUGGGCUUUGGCAGGGUGGGACGGCAGACCAAAGAAAAGGCUCUGCUACUCGUGUCUGGUAGGACCAAAAAACGGGACUUGUUCUUCAACGAGGUCAAAGCCAGGUCCGGGCAGGACGACAAGACAGUUUACGAGUUCCUGUUCAAUCAGAGAAGAAAGAGGAGAGCCCCUCACACAAGUCGCCAGUCUAAAGGCAAGAAAACUAAGCCACGGUGCACACGAAGACCUCUCCAUGUGAACUUUAAGGAGAUGGGCUGGGAUGACUGGAUCAUUGCACCGUUGGACUAUGAAGCAUAUCACUGUGAGGGGGUUUGCGACUUCCCCCUCCGCUCUCACUUGGAGCCCACAAACCAUGCCAUAAUCCAGACGCUCAUGAAUUCUAUGGACCCAGAAUCUACCCCGCCAAGUUGCUGCGUACCGACGAAACUAAGCCCCAUUAGUAUUUUGUACAUAGACUCAGCCAAUAAUGUGGUGUACAAACAGUACGAGGAUAUGGUGGUAGAGUCCUGUGGCUGUAGGUAGCAUUGGUCUGUGUUGCCAGGCAACCAGUACAAGGUGCACACUGGGACUUGAACCAUAUUGAAUGCAGCAGGUACAGUUGGUUUCCUGGUAUUCUCAUUUGCAGUCGAGAUGCCAUAAGCUAUCGGUAGGGAGUCGGUGAAGAUGUUCCGUGGUGGUGAAACUGCUGCCAAAGCUAAAAGAGCAUCAGUGCAGCUUACAAUUAACCAACUGACCACAACGGCCCCAAUGAGAUUCAGUUAAUCGAGAGUCAGUUCCUCGAGGAAUCUGGUGCCAAUAUCUAAGGCUGACAGAUAGAACACAUUUAGUGCAAUACAGCCACCACUAACUACCUUACCUAACUCAGACAGAUGGGGAAGUGUGUCAGGGCUUAAUCUGUGCUGGAAAGAGCUGGGUGGGGACGGAAGGGAGGUCAAUCUGUGAGGCAGCUCCAGGAGGAUUCUUUUCACUAAACCCUAUGAAAAUGUGGCUGGUGUUGUAGCAAAUCUGUCGCCAUCGAGGUGAUCCCAUUGGAACAGUUCACAGAUUAGAUCCAGGGAGUACUGAUAGACUGAGAGACAUUCUCAGUUGUGUAACAUUGGGAAAAAAAGGAGAGCGUUUUACCAGUGAACGGUUUGCAGCUCACUAGACCUGCUUUGACACUCCAGGUGUGGGUCCUCAGCCGUUCUGCUGAUGGACACCACAUGUUGCUGGUAAGGGGAGGCUACAGAACACGCCCCACCUAAAGCACCCUCAACCACAUAGACUCCAGUGUGGCAGGGCUGUUUGCCUGACAUACUAAUCUCAUGCGAGGCAGCUAGCAAAUCAUAUCCUGUUUAAAUAUUUUUAUUUUUAUUUAGUGAUACGGCACAGAGUAAGCCAGUCUGACCCUUCGAGUCACACCGUGCAAUCCCUGACAAACCCAAUUAACCCUAACCAAAUCACGGGACAAAUUACAAUGACCGACUCACGUGGCCGGUACAUCUUUGGACUGUGGAAGGAAACCGGAGCACCCAAAGAAAACCCACACAUUCUAUGGGGGAGAACACACAGACUCCUUAUAGAAUGGUGCCAGAAUUUAACUCUGAACUCUGGUAUGCCCAGAGCUGUACUGUAAUAACAUCGUGCUAACUGCUAAGCUACCAUUGCACCCAUAAUUAAAAGCCCUUGAGCAGUCUUGUGGAUAACAGUGCACGAGGCAGUGGCCUCCUUAAGCCAGUGGCCAUGUAAAUCCUGCAACCUCGAGAAAAAUAACAGGCCAGCAUCUUCCAAAUAAAAUGGCACCCUGGCCUUAAUCCUAGAACAUAUCUAGAGCAUGUAACAGUACAGCACAGUACAGGCUCUUUGGCCCCAGUGUUGUGCCGACCUUGUAACGUAGUCUAACGUAGAAAUAUAGAAAAUCUACAGCACAACUCAGGCCCUUCAGCCCACAAAGUUGUGCCAAACAUGUCCCUACCUUAGAAAUUACUAGCCCUCUAUAAUCAAUCUACAAUCAAUCUAAUCUUUCGCUCCUACAUAGCCCUCCAUUUUUCUAUCAUCCAUGUGUCUAUCUAAGAGUCUCUUAAAUGUCCCUAAUGUAUCUGCUUCCACUACCACCCCUGUAUUCACCAAACACUCACCCCUCUCGGUGUAAAAUACUUCCCCCGCUUAACUUUCCUCCAAUCACCUUAAAGUUAGGCUCCCCUCUUAUUAGCCAUUUCAACCCUGCGAAAAGGGCACUGGCCAUCCGCUGGAUCCAUGCCUCUUAUCAUCUUGUAUACCUCUAUCAAGUCCUGUUAGAAAUGAGAGCCCAGAUGUUUGCUGGAGUAUGCAUGGCCACAGCUGCCACAGCAAGAAUGAAGCAGCCUGCUCGAUUGUCAUCUCAAAUACCUUCUUCAGCACUGAUCUCCCCUCAUCACCAAUUCACCGUGGCUGCAGUGCAAUGCAUCUACAAGGUGAACUGCCGUUACUUGCGCUAACCGGUGACCUCUGCCACUUAGGAGGUCAAAGGGCAGCAGGUACAGGACAAUAGUGCCUCUUGCAGGUUGGCCCCAAGUUGCCCAACCAUCCUGACUUGGAGAUAUACCCUUCAUUGUCACUGGGUCUUAGUCAUUGACUUUCCUCCCCAGUUCCUCUAUCUUCCUGAGGAGGACUGCAGCUGGACAGUAAGGACCACCUUGUCAGCAUUGAAUAGGGAUGGGCAAUAAAUGCUGGCAUCCAUGAUGAGACCAGGUGUUUUAAAGUAAUGGUUCAAAGUUCAGAGGUUCAAAGCUUCAUUUAUUAUCAAAUUAUGUAUGCAAUAUGCAACUCUGAGAUUCAUCUUCUCCAGAUAGCCAUAAAAACAAAGAAAUCCAUGGAAAGGGGAGGGAUGAAAGGCCAUAAAUCUACCUCACCAUUUACCAAACUACAAUAAAUGAGUUAACAAAUUUCACGACACAUGCCGGUGAUUAUAAACCUGAUUCUGAUAAAUGCAUCAAGGGUGGGAAGGGUGCUUGUUUAUGUUGGCUACUUUCCUGAGGCAGCUGCAAGUGUAGACAGAGUCUACGGAAAGGAAACUGGUUUGUGUGAUGGGCUAGGCUGUGUCCACAACUCUAUGAUUCCUUGCAGUCUCGUUAGUGGCAGAAUCCUGGCGGGGGGGCAAUGAAAAAGGAAAACGAGAUUAUUAUGCUCAGUGGGUCCAAAAGGCCUGUUUCCAUUUUCCGUGCUGUUAUACCUCCAUUUAACUUGAUGAACAUCUCAUACGUUACUGCUCAACACUGUGUCACGCUUAUGUUCCAUGGUACACUUCACUGUUAGCAAGGAUGCCAGAGUUCAAAGUUCAAGGUACAUAUAUGUCACCAUUUACAACCCUGAGAUUAGUUUCCUUGUGGGCGUUUGCAGUAAACACAAAAAAACACAAUAGAUCAAUGAAAAACCCCACACAAGAUGGACAAAAAACCAGUGUGCAAAGUGGUACCAGUGGACACGUGGCUAUCAGAUGGUUUCAUGUGCCAGUCUGCCCUAUAAAGUAAACUCUAAUACUGUAUAGAAUUUGCUCUUGGGAGGGAAGGGGAGAUUUAAUUUUUGGAAACAGCCACAGAUGUAAUCAGUGCAUGUUGGAACGAAAAUGAUUAUGUGAACUGUUUACUGUGUGUGUGUGUGUACAAUGAAGAAUCUGUUACUUGUUCAUAAAUAUAACUGUAAAUUGGAAUUUGUCACAAUUUUCCUGAAUCCCUGUACUGCACAAGAAGCUGAACAAAUGGGGAUGUUCAAGAUA